AGCUGUUUCAAGGUUCCAGCUGUCUUGCGCCAUCCAUAGCGUUUGAUCAUGGGCUGCAAGAGCUCAAAGGCAAUUCCGGCUGCCCGCGCGGAAACAAGGGCUGAGCCUGAAGAAAAGCAGGAUGUGAGUCAGAUGGAAGUGGUACAGCCAGAGGUCCAGGCGGUGGCAGUCCAAGCAGAUGAGGGUUUGGUGGGAGCCAAGACUGAGCCCGAAGAGACCCAGUGUGAAGAGCUCAAAGAGGCAGAGACCGAAAUUGUAACAGAGACCAAGGAGACCCAGGAGUGUGAGGCCACUGAUGCACCGGAGACCACGGAUGCGCCAGUGGAGGUACCCCAGCCAAAGCUGCCUGCGGAAGAUGAAGAGACUGUGACGACACUUCCCAAAGAUGAUGACAGUCCUGUGAUGGAGGACAAAGUGGAGGGGCCAAAAGAGGUGCCUCUGUGUAGUCUUUGCGGCUGGUCAAUUCGGGAUAUCUCAAAAUAGGGGACCCAAAAGUCUGUUGAACAACCUCGACCUCCAUAUCGGCUUCAUUUUUUCUAAAAGCCGAGCUGACGUACUGUCUCACAAGAAGGCAGCUUGAAUAGACUUGGGCAGCCAGACCUGACCUUACGUGCCACAAUUCGCAUUUGCAAAGGGUCCUCUCAUCCGUAAGUUUCUACAAGCAAACGCAGACAGAGACCGUGAUUGCUGGCCGUUUUGCUAGAUGACGAGUUUGUUGCCUCCCAACACAUGAGGGGCCCAACGAAAUCAUGCCCUGUGUACAGGUCUCCGUUGACGUUUGUGUUGACUGUGACUGUGGCAAGGUUUCAACUGAUUCAUGUGCCAAGAAGAGCACAUCUUACAGAGCGAGUAAAAAUCAUGUUUGACUGUUUGACUCAACUUUGCCUUCCCUCUAAAUACAGAGUUCGACUGGUUCCGUUCUUAUCGACCUGCAUUUGAGGUCUCCUGGGUCACACAGAGGCUUUGUCCAUCUCACAGUGCUCCAAGCUGAUGAGGAGCUGUUUGCAUGGCGUGUCCAUAGAGUUGGCCGAGCUGUUCCCACAGCAAACUUUGGUCUUGGGAGGUGUGGAUGCAAAUGGCGAAGCGACUUCCUCGGUAGAAAGCUUUGACAUCGGCACAAAUGCCUGGACACCGCUCUCACGGCUGCGGCUUCCACGGUGGAGCUGCGCUUGUGCCUCUGCACAAGGCCGUGUGUUUGUGAUGGGGGGGCGCAGCGUGGAGGAUGAGAUCUUGGACUCUGUAGAGGCUUAUGAUGUUCAGCGGGGCUGCUGGUCCCAUGCCCCCAGCCUCAAUUUUGCACGUUGUGAGCUAGCAGCUGCAGCUUGCAGGGGUCUUCUUUUUGCCGCUCAAGGUGUAACCGAAGGCGAAGUCCCUUUGGCUGAGAUCGAGUGGUUGCCUGUGGCAAGAGAAAGAGCUGCCCGCGAUUCACAGUGGUUGCGCGCACCGCGGCUGCACUCCCCAAAGAGGGCAUUAGCUGCGGUGGCACUUGGUGAUGCCGUCUAUUUAUUGGGCGGUUGGGACGACUUGGCAGGGCAGCCGAGCAGCGAGGUGAACUAUUUGAAGAUUGAAGGCCACGACCAGCUUUCGGAUGGAUGGCGCCGUGCUCCUCCUCUACAAGAGCCUCGUGCAGGCCUAGGUGCAGCUGCACUCAUGGGCAGCAUUUGGGCGAUUGGAGGUUGUCGCGGGCAGCAAGACUUGACCUCACUGGAAAGGUUCACCCCAGGAGGGCAUUGGGAGCUGGUCACGCACCUCCAGGAGCCCCGACGCGCAUGUUGCGUGGUUCCCUGCGGCAGCUCCUUGUUGGUCCUCGGAGGGGUGAAGAACCAGGGGGACUAUGUGGCUUCGCUUUCAAGGCACUUGUGGAGUGAUAGCUGAAGCCUCUGAACCACUGAUGAUAGCGAUAGCGCACAAUGUUCAAUUUUGGGGAAGCCCAGGGCGGCGCGUGGUAACCCAGUCUUGGUGAGAUUCCGCCGAUUCACUCAUUGCUAUUUGGUUGGAGGCCAUUGCUAUUAGGUUGGAGGCCAUUGCUACUCCGUGGAGGUCGGCCAAAAAGCACACUCAUUUGGUGUUUAAAUUCUCUUCACGAUGGUAGUCACAGACAUCAAACC